AUGUCUCCUACAAAGCCUACAGCGAUGAAUUCGCCGUCUCAGGGCGCUCGCGACGACAACGAUCCAUGCCCCGUCUAUACCACGGAUGCAGAGCGUUUCCUACCAAACAACACAAUGUCACCACAAUGGCUGGUGAAAUCUGUUGAUGAUGAAGACGACAAUAAGGCUAUAGUCGUUGAAAUGGAAAGACGUCGUCGGCCAUACACAACUAUACAGCGUAUGCUCCUCGGUCCGGGGACACCACCCGAAGUGCGACCAUUUAGAUGGUUAAUCUCCUAUCAUGCGCUUCCCAAAGGGUAUAGCUACGAGCACAGCCAGAAAGGCCCACUGCCGCCAUGGCGUAUGCUUGUGCGGUGCUUUUUGGUCGAUGUUCCCACCCAAUUAAGCGACUCGGAACAAAUAACGUCCAUAAGAUCAUGGAAAGAUUAUCCUGUGAAGAAGAGCACAGAGUCUCAUAACCGUACACAGCUUGACGAUGCUCCGCCUAAUAUAACUUGCGGAAAGCGAUUUGUGUUUUCGCGCCAGAAACACAAAACCCUCUGCGGGGAUUGGCUUUUCGUCGUCUAUCUCUGGGGUGCGGACCAGCCAUGGAUAGAGCGUAUAGAUGUACAGAAAUUGCUGUUAUCAUGCAAUGUAUUCAGCAUUCAAGCAUGGGAAUGGGCUGAUGCCAAGACACCAUAUAUGUUUUAUGAGCUUCGACAGGGACAAGAUGGCAGCCUGUUAGAUACGGCAAACGACACGCCCCAGAGUGAUCGUGACGAUCUAGCGCAUCUUUAUGACCGUUCACCGGAAAGACUCUCUGAACUGCGCCGUAUUAUGAAUGCUCAAUCAAGGUAUAUUCUUGGACGAUGGACGCACUGCUAA